UAUUGCUCAAUAAGUUUUGCAAUCAAUGUUUACAAUACCAUUGAGUACUGAAUCACAACUCAAACCGUAAUAAAACACAACACAAACAGACCUCUCAUUCAAUACUGAAUACACAAAACAUGCCGGACCAGCAGUGGUUGCGAUCAGUAUUCACACGCGUGGACACAGACAGGAGCGGUGCCAUCAAUGCCAAUGAACUGCAGACCGCCCUCUCGAACGGCACGUGGAAACCAUUCAAUCCCGAAACGGUGCGGCUAAUGAUCGGGAUGUUUGAUAGGGACCACUCGGGAACCAUUAACUUCGAUGAGUUCGCCCAACUGUGGCGUUAUGUCAACGAUUGGCUCAACUGUUUCCGCUCUUUCGACUCGGAUAACAGCGGAAGUAUCGAUCACUCAGAGCUGAAGCAGGCGUUGACCACUUUCGGGUACCGACUGUCGGAUCAGUUCUAUAAUAUACUGAUGCGAAAGUUUGAUCGCGACUCGAAGGGUGCCAUCAAUUUCGACGAUUUCAUACAACUGUGCGUUCAGUUACAGUCGUUGACCACCAGUUUUCGCGCCCACGACCAGGACAUGGAUGGCUGGAUCAACAUCUCAUACGAACAGUUCCUCACACUUGUCUUCAACAUUUAAUGGAUUUAUUAAUUGUAUGGAUCGCUAAUACACAGCAUUGCAUGAAAUGACUGAUUAAUCUUAUCUAAUCCGUGGCCUUAAACGCACUGUUAAUUCAAAACUAACACUUUAUUGUUUUUAAAAUAACCAAAAUAUUAACCAUAAUUAAAAUUUUUAACGUUUUUAGUUUAUAUAACACCGCUUACUCUCAUUGGAUACUUAUUUUUAUUGAAACAAACUCUGAUCUAAUUUAGUAACUUA